GGGAUCAAACUCAUGACCUGAUGCAUGCCAGCCAGGCGGUUGUGCCGCUGAGCUAAAUCCCCAGCCUUAGACCUCUUUUUGACCUUGACCUUGUCCUUCCUCAGGCUUUGUAGUUCAGAGAAGGUUUGGGAGGUGUGCCCAUCAGCAAUCUUUGUCUGAGGAGAUCUAUGAUGUGCCUUGUGGGCAUGAGGUGACUGUGGCUAGAAGUGACCUCACAGUGGUUCUCUUUGUGCCAUGACUUCUUUUGUGUGUGAGGAUAGCAGCCAAUUCCAGCCUCCAGAGCUUGGGCGGUGUUGUGGCCUGAGGUUCUGUGAUCACUGUUCUUCAGGAUGGCAGAAUUCUUACUGAUCAUCCAUGUUUUUGUUUUUAAUCCAUCUGUUUAAUGUUAAUGUGGACUCAUGCUGUCCUCAUUGUGUUGAGUGGGUUAUAAUCUAUUACUGUCAUCAUUCCUUUUUGUUUAUUGAAUUUCCCACAGUUAGCCAGUAGGAGCCCCAUCAGGCUUUGCGGUGUUCUUGUGACAUGCCUGUCAUCCUUUUGGCACUUUCUUUCUUGGGCAGUACACGAUGCUCUGAACUUGAUUUAUAAUUUGCUUGCCUCAGUCUGGUAAAGGCCAUUUCUUCAGGAGCUUUGGUACUUACGAGAGAUGGUACAUAGGAUCCAAGGUGCAGUUUUUGAUGUGCCUGUUGCUGCCAAAGGCCAUUGAUUUGAGGACUCUGAUGUGAUUAGAGUUUCUGUUGUUCAUAGUGUUGUUGGCAGCAAUUUCCAUGCCCAAAACCAGUCCUUGUCCUCUUCAGGAGUGUGUUAAGGCUCCUCUGCAGAGGAUAAAUGCAGGUCACCCAGCAAAAGGGACAUUUUAUUGUCAAGAUGUCAUUUCUCUCCCCUGAGCUGAAGAUGGAUCAGGACUUAAAAAAUCUGCCAGUGGAUCCAUUUGCUUCUGGCAUUGCAAGUAUGGUUGUAAAAAAGAAGUGACAAUAACAUGAACUGGAGUGAGAUGGCACUUGUUAUGCUUUGGGUUGCAGGUCCCAUCCACAAGCCUUUUCUAGCUCAGUGUCUACCCAUGUCAGGAAUUCUGAGCAUUAGGUUUCUGUCCCCUUUGAGAAAGUGAUGAGAGCAUGUAUCCUCUUGUUAGAUAAAAUGUAGGUUCAACCACAGAGCAUUUGAGUUUCAGUUUUACUUCCUGCUCUGGUCUUGGCCAAGCUUUCCAUGCGCAUUCCUGGGACUGUCCACCUCUGUGCUGACCCUCCACGAGGAUCACAGAUGGUUGUAUCUUGACCUUUCCUUGUUUCAAGCAGCAGAUACUGAUUGUGCAGCUUGGAUGUUCCCAGCAUCAUUUGGGUCUAUCCUGAGUGGAAAACAGAUGUACAAGUGAAGGUACAGGCUCAUGGGGGGGCGUUCCCAGAACCUUUCUGGUCUUUGGGAAGACUGUCUAUUCCUCUUUCUACAUGCCAGGUCCUGGGAUGUGGUGGGGUGAUGCAGCAGGAAAGAACUAAUGCCUCCCCCUGGAGCCAGUUGGUGAGACAGUAAGAGAGGCCUCGGACAGACAACAGGAGUGCUGGGUGUGCUGUGCCACUGAAAUACAGUUUACAGACUUCAUAGCAGUCUGCGCUCUUACAGGCAGUUCCAGCCAAGGGGGAAACUAAACAGGAUUGCUGCAUGAAAACUGAGCUGGUGAGAGAAGAUAUUCUUAUGGCUGCUGAUGAAGGUCUUGCUGAGAAACCAGUGGGAGAAACUCCCAUGGCUGCAGAUGGGGAGACCAAUGGGGCCUGUGAAAAGAGCGGUGACACCAGCCACAUGGAUGGAGCCAAACUCACUCAGGAGAGCACCAGAUCCAGCCCCCAGGAAGGUGGCCACAGAGCAGCCCGGAUAGCGGAGAAUGGGGUUUCGGAAAGAGACGUAGAAGUAGGGAAGCAGAAUCACGUCGCUGCUGAUGACUUCGUUCAGACAUCCGUCAUCGGUAGCAAUGGAUACUUCUUUGGCAAAUCUGCUCUCCAGGGGCAGCCUUCGAGGACUCCAAGUACCCUAGCCUCCUCGCUUCCUGGCCAUGCUGCAAAGACCCUGCCUGGGGUGGCUGGUAGAGGCAGGACUCCAAGUGCACUUCCUCAGGCACCAGCCGCAGCACCAUUGCCUGGGCCUGGGGGAGCAGAUGCAGAGGACCGGAAACCUGCAGCUUCUGGCACUGAUGUCAAGGUUCACAGGGCACGCAAGACCAUGCCGAAGUCCAUUUUAGGCCUGCAUGCAGCCAGCAAGGACUCCAGAGAAGUUCGGGAAGCGAGAGACCAUAAGGAACCAAAAGAAGAGAUCGGUAGGAACGUUUCUGAUUGUGGACGACAACAGCUUUUACCCCCUUUCCCGUCCCUUCACCAGUCGCUACCUCAGAAUCAAUGCUACAUGGCCACCACGAAGUCACAGACAGCUUGCUUGCCUUUUGUUUUAGCAGCUGCAGUAUCUCGGAAGAAAAAACGAAGAAUGGGAACCUAUAGCCUGGUUCCUAAGAAAAAGACCAAAGUGUUAAAGCAGAGGACGGUGAUUGAGAUGUUUAAGAGUUUAACUCAUUCCACCGUGGGCUCCAAGAGUGAGAAGGCCUUGGGUGACAGUACUCUUCAUGUGAACGGGGAGAGCUUGGAGAUGGACUCGGACGAAGAUGAGUCAGAUGAGCUUGAGGAGGAUGAGGAUCAUGACCACGGAGCUGAGCAGGCUGCUGUGUUUCCCACGGAGGACAGCAGGACCUCUAAAGAGAGCAUGUCCGAGACUGACCGUGCCCCAAAGAUGGACGGCGAGUCAGAGGAAGAACAGGAAUCUGCCGACACUGGAGAGGACGAGGAUGGUGGAGACGAGUCUGACCUGAGUUCUGAAUCCAGCACCAAGAAGAAAUUUCUCAAGAGAAGAGGGAAGGCUGACAGCCCUUGGAUCAAGCCAGCUCGGAAAAGGAGGCGGAGGAGUAGAAAAAAGCCAAGUGGUACACUAGGUACUGAGGCCUGUAAGUUGUCACCAGGAAACACCGAACAGAUGGCUCCAGAUGACAGCUCUGGAUAUAUGGAAGUCUCUCUGGACUCACUGGAUCUCCGUGUCAAAGGGAUUUUGUCCUCCCAGGCAGAAGGGCUGGCCAAUGGUCCAGACAUGCUGGAGACAGACGGCCUCCAGGAAGUACCUCUCUGCAGCUGCCGGAUGGAAACCCCGAAGAGCCGUGAGAUUACCACCCUGGCCAACAACCAAUGCAUGGCCACCGAGAGCGUGGAUCAUGAAUUGGGCCGGUGCACAAACAGCGUGGUCAAGUACGAGCUGAUGCGCCCGUCCAACAAGGCACCACUCUUGGUGCUGUGUGAGGACCAUCGGGGUCGCAUGGUGAAACACCAGUGCUGUCCCGGCUGCGGCUACUUCUGCACAGCGGGUAAUUUUAUGGAAUGUCAGCCCGAGAGCAGCAUCUCUCACCGUUUCCACAAGGAUUGUGCCUCUCGCAUCAACAAUGCCAGCUACUGUCCCCACUGCGGGGAGGACACCUCCAAGGCCAAAGAGGUGACCAUAGCAAAAGCAGACACCACCUCCACGGUGAUGCCUGCCCCGGGACAGGAGAAGAGCUUGGUUGCCGAGGGCAGGGCCGACACGACCACUGGCAGCACUGCUGCAGCCCUGCUCUCCGAGGACGACAAACCACAGAGCACAGCUCCCCAGGCGCCUGAGGGCUUUGAUGCCACGGGGUCGGCUGGGCUGGUGAGGCAGACCUCUGGCCUUUCCCAGGGACCCGGGAAGGAAACCUUGGAGAGUGCUCUGAUUGCUUUGGACUCAGAAAAACCCAAGAAGCUUCGCUUCCACCCGAAGCAGCUGUACUUCUCGGCCAGGCAGGGUGAGCUGCAGAAAGUGCUCCUGAUGCUAGUGGAUGGAAUCGACCCCAACUUCAAAAUGGAGCACCAGAACAAGCGCUCCCCAUUGCACGCUGCGGCGGAGGCUGGCCACGUGGACAUCUGCCACAUGCUGGUUCAGGCUGGAGCCAAUAUUGAUACCUGCUCGGAAGACCAGCGGACUCCACUGAUGGAGGCUGCAGAGAACAACCAUUUGGAUGCAGUGAAGUACCUCAUCAAGGCUGGGGCACAGGUGGACCCCAAGGAUGCAGAGGGCUCCACCUGUUUGCACUUGGCUGCCAAGAAAGGCCACUACGACGUGGUUCAGUAUCUGCUGUCCAAUGGACAGAUGGAUGUCAACUGCCAGGAUGAUGGUGGUUGGACACCGAUGAUCUGGGCCACUGAGUACAAGCAUGUGGAGCUUGUGAAGCUGCUGCUAUCCAAGGGCUCCGACAUCAACAUCCGGGAUAAUGAGGAGAACAUUUGUCUGCACUGGGCAGCCUUUUCAGGCUGUGUGGACAUAGCAGAGAUUCUGCUAGCCGCCAAGUGUGACCUGCAUGCUGUGAACAUCCAUGGGGACUCACCCCUACACAUUGCCGCCCGGGAGAACCGCUACGACUGUGUUGUCCUCUUUCUUUCUCGGGAUUCAGAUGUCACCUUAAAAAACAAGGAAGGAGAGACACCUCUGCAGUGUGCUAGCCUCAACUCCCAGGUGUGGAGUGCCCUGCAGGUGAGCAAGGCGCUGCGAGACUCAGCCCCUGACAAGCCUGCUGCGGUGGAGAAGAUUGUGAGCAGAGACAUUGCACGAGGGUAUGAGCGCGUCCCCAUCCCCUGUGUCAACGCAGUGGACAGUGAGCCAUGCCCCAGCAACUACAAGUACGUGUCUCAGAACUGUGUGACAUCUCCCAUGAACAUCGACAGGAACAUCACCCAUCUACAGUACUGCGUGUGCACAGAUGACUGCUCCUCCAGCACCUGCAUGUGUGGCCAGCUCAGCAUGCGCUGCUGGUACGAUAAGGAUGGCCGGCUCCUGCCCGAAUUCAACAUGGCAGAGCCUCCCCUGAUCUUCGAGUGCAACCAUGCCUGCUCCUGCUGGAGGAACUGUCGGAAUCGCGUCGUGCAGAAUGGGCUCAGGGCAAGGCUGCAGCUCUAUCGGACACAGGAUGUGGGCUGGGGUGUGCGAACCCUACAGGACAUCCCCGUGGGCACCUUCGUCUGCGAGUAUGUUGGAGAGCUGAUCUCUGACUCAGAAGCUGACGUUAGGGAAGAAGACUCUUAUCUCUUUGACCUUGAUAAUAAGGUCAUAGAAAGGGACCUUGAUUGUGAUAAGAUCUGUGCUGCUGUGCUGCAGCUGAGGGCAGAGUGUCCUGGCUGUCAAGGGCUGGAGGCUCUGACAGACCUUUCUGCUUGCCAGGACGGAGAGGUGUACUGCAUCGAUGCACGCUUCUAUGGUAAUGUCAGCCGCUUCAUCAACCACCACUGCGAGCCCAACCUCGUGCCGGUGCGUGUGUUCAUGUCCCAUCAGGACCUACGGUUCCCCCGGAUUGCCUUCUUCAGCACCCGCCUGAUCCAUGCCGGAGAACAGCUGGGGUUCGACUACGGGGAGCGCUUCUGGGACAUUAAAGGCAAGCUCUUCAGCUGCCGCUGUGGCUCCUCCAAGUGCCGGCACUCAAGUGCAGCCCUGGCACAGCGGCAGGCCAGCGCAGCUCAGGAGGCCCAGGAGCAUGGCCUGCCAGACACCAGCUCUGCGGCUGCUGCUGACCCACUAUGAGGUGCAGAGGGGCUGGGAGGGCCUGCCAACCGUGACUUAGAGGAGGUUCUGUCCGGAACAUCUUCAGGGUCCCGCAGAGACCAGGGAGCGGACCCUUCCCAGGAGUGUCCGUUCUGAGGCCUCACACAAGCCCAGCACGGGGCUGGAGUGCACUCUGGCCCACAUGCACCUCCGUGACCCUGGGACUCCACGGGGUGACCUUGUGGGCUUUGACAGUGGUCUUGUCCUUGCGAUGGUUCUCAUUUCCUCCUCUGGUCUCAGAAGUUCUCGCCCCACUACUUCGUUUGUUCUCCUGCCCAGCCCAACACCCGUGUGGCUCCCGCUGCAGCUGCUCCAUGAGACCAGUGCCUCCUGUGCGGCUGGGCAGCUCCGGGGCUGCACACAGGACAUGUCCACAGCCCCGAGUGGUCAGGGUGGCCCUGCCCUGGCUCUGGAGGAAACGUGGGCUUGCUUUUUAAAGAUGCCCUCUCUCUGUGUACCAAGCCCUGCUGGCAUUUCUGUGUGAGGGCUGGUGGGCAGGCAGACCCCACGCAGCCCCACCAGCUGCACCCAUGCUGGCACCUUUUGUUGAUUUUUAAGCCACAUGCUAUGAUGAUGAAUAAACUGAUUUAUUUUCUACCAUUACUGAACAUUAGGACAAACAAAGAAUAAAAACAGAAAACACAGACAACGGUGCUGAAUCUGGUGUGGUUUCUACUCACCAUGUGAAAAUAAACUAUCAACUGUAAAAAGAACAAAGUGAUUUUAGAAUUAAAUGCAGGAAACACUUUUUUAAAAUGUUAGCCUUGUAGUGUGAAUAAAUUUGCUGUCACCUUUUGUGUGACAGUCUGGCAGGUCAUGUACUUUUUCGGCAUAUACCUUUCUAAAUACUGUAAUUAGUGCAGGGCAGUGGAGUUCUUUUCGUGUGACUCUUCUAAACAUUCAUAAUGCAGUUAUGUUUAUUUUUUCUGUUAAAAUGUUUUUGACGGUUUUAAGAGCAGUCUUUUGGCUCAGACCAUUUCUUGUUCUGUUUUCAAUGAAAUCAAUAAAAAAAAAAAAAAGAAGAA